AUGGUCGAAGUUGCUGUCGCUGGCGGGUCUGGGAACAUCGGUGCGAAUCUUGUCGCUGCCAUCCUUGAGGCAGGCAAGCAUACGCCCAUCAUCCUCUCUCGAUCAUCCAAACCCGUCGACUCAGCAGCCGAAGUUCGAGUAGUAGACUACUCGAGCCACGCCAGUCUCGUCUCUGCAUUCGAAGGUGUCCAUACCGUCAUCAUCACCCUUUACACCGCAGAUGCCAAGGAGGCGGUCGUAAGUCAGCUCGCGCUUCUCAAGGCUGCAAAGGCAGCAGGCGUGAAGCGAUUUGCUCCAUCCGAAUACGGCGCCAGCGUCAACACCACGUACCACAUAUACCCGCCGAAGAUCGAAGUAUGGGACGCUGUAAAGCAGUCUGGGCUUGAAGCGACGCGAUUCAUCACUGGCCUCUACAUCAACAUGUUUGCCGGAGGAUCCCAACGUGAGAGGGAAGCUGUCUCCCAUUUCGGAAGCGGGAAACUGCUACUUGAUGCCCGCGCUGGGACGAUAGACAUUCCAGGAGAUGGUACGGAGAAGCUGACGUUUACUUCCGCUCAGGAUAUUGGGAAAUUCGUCGCUGCGAGUCUGGAUCUCGAUGAAUGGGAGGACGUGAGUGGCAUCGUGGGGGAGUCGACCACGAGUGGUGACGCAUUUUGGACAAGCAAAACGAGAAUUCCAGCUACACAACAGACUAUAUUCUUCUGA